AUGGACGGAGAGGAAAGUCAAUUUUUCGAAGAAGGCGAAGAAAUCUACGAUGAUUAUGGUGAUGGCGCCGAAUACAUUGAAAUAGAUGGCCGUCUAGUCUUGCACAAUCCAGUGAGUUCAAUUUUCCGCAAGGUUUUUCUAUAAAAAUAAUCGAAUUUUCAGAGCCACGCCCGCCGCGAAGAAUCCGAAAAAGACGGCGAAAAACCCGAAGAAUCGACACCAACUCCAACACAUUCAAAUGCAAUCAAAGAGGAAGAUCCCUCUCCAGCACCUUCUUCAUCAUCGGAAAUCCCAAAAACAACGUGGGUCAGCAGUGAAACGCCGCCACCGUAUUUUGGAAAAGCUCCGUAUAAAUUAGCGGGGCAUAUUCAACAUAAAGCAAUUCCAGUUCAAGGAGGGAUGAAUCCGUAUAAGAGUUCGGAAGCGAAUCAACAGCGAAAAGCGUUUUUCGAGAUGAAGGAGCAGGUUAUUCAACAUAGACAGAAGAAUAAGAAGUGAGUAAACCUUCUGAAAUGUUAUCAAAAAAUUGUAUUUUUUCUAGGAAAAUUAUCGCUCCUGGCCAACGAAAACCGUGCAAUUGCAACAAAUCACAAUGCCUCAAAUUAUACUGCGAUUGUUUUGCAAACGGCGAAUUUUGUCGUGAUUGUAACUGCAAAGAUUGUCACAACAACGUAACCUUCGAUUCAGUUCGAACAAAAGCGAUUCGUCAAAGUUUGGAGCGAAAUCCGAAUGCUUUCAAGCCAAAAAUCGGCAUCGGAAAAGGCGGAAAAACCACCGAUAUCGAAAGAUUGCAUCAAAAAGGUUGCCAAUGCAAAAAAAGCGGAUGUUUGAAGAACUAUUGCGAGUGCUAUGAGGCUAAAGUACCGUGCACAGAUCGAUGUAAAUGUCGCGGUUGUCAAAAUACGGAACAAUAUCGGAAUAGUCGGUAUAAAGGUGCUGGAAGUGGACAAAUUGUUGGCAAUUUAUUGGGACAAUUUGCGGAUAAUAAUAAUGGCAAAAAUGAGGAUAAUGAUGAAGAGGAUUUUGAAGGAGAUGAUUGUGGACAUGGAAAUGGAGAAUAUCGAGAGGAGAAGGUGGUGGAUCCAAGAAAAUUCCCGUGGUUUUAUAUGACUGAUGAGGUUGUUGAGGCGACUACGCUUUGUAUGGUUGCACAAGCUGAAGAAGCUGUGAGUUUUUUGGAUUUUUCAUGGAAAACCAGUUGUUUUUUAUCAAGAAAACACUAAUUUUCAUUCCAAAAACCCUCCAAUUUUCCAGCUAAAUUCAACUCAACCCGAAGUGCAAAAGUUAUCCGAAGUUGAUCGAGUCAUUCAAAUGGAACGAUUGGUUUUGCGCGAAUUCGGAAGAUGUUUGGAGCAAAUCAUCUCGAAUUCAGUUGAUGUUGAAUAA